UAUGAUGCCAACUCAAAAAGAAAAAAAAGGGUAUCUAUUUGAAUAAUGUUCAACGAACGAAUGGCUCCGACUCUGAUACCGGAAGACAUUGGCCGUUCAGUCUGACAGUUUCUACUUUCUACUGCUUACCACCUCUGGCUGCCCGUCAUUGUGCGGGAGCAAAUGUGUUUUUUUGUGCCGCUUAGGGUUCUGGAUUCAAAUUGGGAAGUUUUUUGUUUGCAUUCUGUGAUACCAAAUUGGAACUUCGAUAUUGUACUUCCGUGAAUUGGAUUGGGAAUUUCGGUUCAAUUCCACUCUGAGAAGGUUGGCAUAACAAAAUGUUGGAGAAUGGUUUUAAUGAAGGAGAAAGAGAUCCUUCUAAUUGUUUUGUUGACAAGGUUAAGGUUGAUCCUGCACAACCUGCGCUAUUAACUUGGCAACGAAAAGUAAAUAGUCAGGCAAAUGUUCUAUCAGAAUUCAACUUAACCAUUCAAGAAAUAAUUCAUCUGGCUCCAAUGGGUUUUCGCAUUUGGCGCUAUCUCAAACAAGAAGCUUCUAAAGGGCGGGCAAUAAUUAUGGAUCCUUUCAAAAAACGCUUUGUUACAUCCUGUCAUGGUGUUCCACUUGGUGGUAUUGGUGCAGGAAGCAUUGGAAGAAGUUAUAGAGGUGAAUUCCAACGUUGGCAACUCUUCCCUGGAAUAUGUGAAGAGAAACCAGUCUUAGCAAAUCAGUUUUCUGCCUUUGUUUCACGUGAAAAUGGAAAAAGUUUUUCUACUGUAUUGUGCCCAAAGAACCCAGAAUUGCAGAUGGAGAGUAACAUUUCAGGGAUUGGAUCCUGGGACUGGAACCUGAAUGGACAAAGUUCUACAUAUCAUGCACUGUUUCCUAGAUCUUGGACAGUAUAUGACGGUGAACCUGAUCCAGAACUUAGAAUAGUUUGCCGUCAGAUUUCACCAUUUAUUCCUCAUAAUUAUAAGGAGAGCAGUUUUCCUGUAGCAGUAUUUACAUUCACGUUAUUCAAUUCAGGAGAGACUGCUGCAGAUAUCACCUUGCUUUUCACAUGGACUAAUUCUGUUGGUGGUGACUCUGGAUUUUCUGGUUAUCACUUCAAUUCAAAGAUGAAGGUGAAGAAUGGCGUGCAUGGUGUACUUCUACAUCACAAGACUGCUGAUGGACAACCUCCAGUAACAUAUGCCAUAGCAGCCGAAGAAAGUUCUGAUAUUCAUGUCUCUGAGUGUCCAUGCUUCAUUAUAUCUGGAAAUUCCCAGGGUAUAACAGCCAAAGACAUGUGGCAUGAAAUUAAAGAGCAUGGGUCUUUUGAUCACCUUGGCUCCUGUGAAACAUCAACAAUUUCAGAACCUGGAUCAUCUAUUGGAGCAGCAAUAGCAGCUUCUCUGACUCUUCCAUCCAACAGCUCCCGUACUGUUACAUUUUCAUUGGCCUGGUCGUGUCCUGAAGUUAAAUUUUCAAGUGGAAAUAUUUACCACAGGCGCUACACAAAAUUUUAUGGCACUAAUUGUGAUGCAGCAGAAAAUAUUGCAUAUGAUGCUAUUCAUGAACAUUGCUACUGGGAAUCCCAGAUAGAAGCAUGGCAGAGGCCUAUUCUCAAUGAUCAAAGCCUUCCUGAAUGGUACCCUAUAACCCUCUUCAACGAGCUCUACUACCUGAAUGCAGGAGGAACAAUUUGGACUGACGGAGCACAGCCAGUGCAGAAUUUAUCAUCUAUUGGAGAAAUCAAGUUUUCCCUUGAUAGGUAUAGAUCGGAUUCUAAGAACACAGUUGACAAUGCUCAUCAAAAUGACACUUCUGUUGAUAUCCUUGAGAGGAUGGCGUCAAUUCUUGAGCAGAUUCAUACUCCAGUCAAAUCAAGCUCUGCUCUUGGAACAUUCUUGCUUCAAAAAGAUGAAGAAAAUAUUGGUCAAUUCCUCUAUCUUGAAGGAAUUGAAUAUCAUAUGUGGAAUACUUAUGAUGUUCAUUUCUACUCAUCUUGUGCAUUAGUCAUGCUUUUCCCAAAACUUGAACUUAGCAUCCAGAGAGACUUUGCAGCAGCGGUAAUGAUGCAUGACCCCAGUAGGAUGCAAGUUUUAAGUAAUGGCCGGUGGGUCCCAAGAAAGGUUCUUGGAGCUGUUCCUCAUGAUCUUGGGAUGCAUGACCCAUGGUUUGAAGUAAAUGCCUAUAACCUUCAUAAUACAGAUAGAUGGAAAGACUUGAAUCCUAAAUUUGUACUUCAAGUCUACAGGGAUGUGGUUGUCACAGGUGAUAAGUUGUUUGCAAAAUCUGUUUGGCGUUCAGUAUAUAUAGCCAUGGCUUACAUGGAUCAAUUUGACAAGGAUGGAGAUGGGAUGAUUGAAAAUGAAGGUUUUCCAGAUCAGACUUAUGAUGUAUGGUCAGUCACUGGGGUGAGUGCAUACAGUGGUGGCCUAUGGGUGGCAGCUCUGCAGGCUGCUUCAUUCAUGGCUCGUGAAGUUGGUGAUAAGACUUCAGAAGGUUAUUUCUGGGAUAAGUUUCAGAGGGCAAAGUCUGUAUAUGAGAAACUAUGGAAUGGAUCCUACUUCAAUUAUGACAACAACAAUGACAGUUCAAGUUCAUCUAUUCAGGCUGAUCAAUUGGCUGGGCAAUGGUAUGCUCGAGCAUGUGGUCUUCAGCCAAUAGUUGACAAAGAAAAAGUAAAAAGUGCACUUGAGAAGGUUUACAACUUCAAUGUCUUAAGGGUGAAGGGUGGGAGGCGGGGGGCAGUGAAUGGAAUGCUACCAGAUGGAAGAGUUGACAUGUCGGCUAUGCAGUCAAGAGAAAUAUGGUCUGGAGUUACUUAUUCUCUUGCUGCAAGUAUGAUUCAUGAAGGGAUGAUUGACAUGGCAUUUAACACUGCAUAUGGAGUCUAUGAAACUGCUUGGUCUCAUGAAGGACUUGGAUACUCGUUUCAAACCCCAGAAGGUUGGACCACAGACGACCAAUACCGUUCUUUGGCCUACAUGCGUCCUUUGGCAAUAUGGGCAAUGCAGUGGGCCUUGUCGCCACCAAAGCUGUUCAUAAAGGAGAGAGGGUCAGAAACAGAAGAGUAUCCUAAAUUCAUGCACCACUCUGGAUUCUCAAAAGUUGCUCAACUUCUUAAAUUGCCAGAAGAUGAAGCAUCUAAGAGUUUUCUCCAAGUUGUUUAUGACUGCACUUGCAGGAGAAUGUGGAUGUGAAGCUCAAUUCCUUAGCUACUAAUUAUUUUGAAUACUAAAAGAACAGAAUACUGGGAACAUUUAUAACUGCAUGUCAGAAGAUUCUAAUUGUUAUGUCAAAUAAUGCCUUUAUUUGAAUUCUAUGCCAAAGGAUCUUAGAACUCGGAUGCCUGUACAUAGAAGCUGACUUUCUGAGUCGUGUUUCACAAUUGACAUUUUUAGCAUAAAUUCUGUGUC